CACACCUCUCCUUUGGAUCGGUGGGAGAACUCCUCAGUCGCCAUGGCAGGUAGAGCAAGCCGAUUUGUAUAACCUAGUAACAGCACUGCGGAGCCCACGACCGCGAGUCUGAUGCUUCGUCAAGGACACAAAGUGGCCCUGGAAUCUCACAGGAAAAGUCUAUGAAACCUUAUGCAUUAGUGCUGCCAACAAAUAGACCAGCGCUAUGGCUCACUUUGGUCUUCUCCUCGACAUUGACGGGGUCAUCGUCCGAGGCCGGAAAGUGAUCUCGCACGCCGUCAAGGCAUUCCAGAAACUGGUGGACUCCAAAGGCAGAUUCCGGGUGCCGACCAUAUUCGUUACAAAUGCCGGCAACUCUCGGCGACAAGACAAAGCCGAUCAACUUUCAAAAUGGCUUGGAGUCCACAUCACAGAACAGCAGGUGGUGAUGUCUCACAGUCCACUGCGCAUGUUUCAGCAGUUUCACGACAAGCACUGUUUGAUCUCUGGACAAGGUCCCAUUGUGGACAUUGCACAUGGGCUAGGUUUUACAAAGGUCUCUACGAUCGAUCAUUUACGAUCUCAUUUUCCACUCUUGGAUGCUGUUGACCAUAAACGAAGACAAACCGAGCCUUCACCCUAUGAACGAUACUUUCCAAGGGUUGAAGCCGUGGUGUUGUUUGGUGAGCCAGUGAGGUGGGAGACAAGCCUGCAGCUGAUAAUAGACGUGCUCAUGACAAACGGCCUUCCAUGCCAGGCUGCUCCUUCUAUUCCUUACCCCCAUCUGCCCAUCUUGGCUUGCAACAUGGACCUGCAAUGGAUGGCUGAGGCAUGUCUUCCAAGGUUUGGUCACGGGGCCUUUCUAGUCUGUUUGGAGAAUUUGUACAAGAAGGUAACUGGUAGGGACAUGAUCUACACAGCGCUUAUUGGGAAGCCCAGCGAGAUAACAUACCUGCAUGCUGAGUCCUGUGUUCAGGAAGAAGCCCAUAGACUUGGUAUAACUCACCCAGUGCGACGCCUGUUUGCCAUUGGCGACAACAUAAACACCGACAUUUAUGGUGCCAACCUGUACAACCGCUACCUGGAGCGCCGGCGAAAAGAUGACUUUCCAAAGGCAAUUCUGGCAGCUGGAUCCAAUUCAGCCCGUCAAGGUUUAAACUCCUCCAUGUCCAAAGACUCCCAGUCCACUGUUGGGAUGAUGAGCAACUGUGGCGCCGUGAGCUGUACAUCUGUGCUGGUGCACACAGGUGUGUACAACGAGGACCUGCACGACGAUGCGUGCGAGCACACGCCACGCGACUUCUUGCCAGUUGAAGUUGGCCUCAAGGAGCCAGUGUACCGCGUCGACAACAUCCACUCUGCCAUAGAGCUAAUUUUUGAACAGGAAGGCUUUUCUUGAUGACCACGUGGCCACCUAUGACUUGGAAUGAGGAUUUUCCUGCGCACACCUUCACUAUUUUAAGGAUUUUUUUCUGGGCUGUCAAACCCACCCCCACCUUUUUUUUUUUUUUUUUUCUUUUCCUAGCUGCCAGUAGUGUCUUCAUUCACUUCCUGUUUUUGCUUUAUAUAACAUGUUCUAACACCUAAACUAUAUGUGCCCAUUAGCCACCCAUAUUGGUGCUGAAUUAUAUGUAGCAUGAAAACCAGAUAUCUAUUUUAAUUGUGCAUAUUAUUUUACUUAUGCACCUACUUUUGGGGCAGAUGGUAAAAUGGUUGAGAGUAUCUGUGCAAAUGUUUAUGUAGACCUUAAACAGAAGGGAGAUGCGUGUUUUUUUUUUUUUCUUUUUAAAAUUAUGCUUGUCAUAUGGUGGCAUCCUGUUUGCUUGGAUAGUGAAAGCUUUUUUAUUGUAUGCUCUGUUUUGCAAUGUAUAAUGCCACAUUAGGGGCAGUUUUAAGAGCCAGGCUUUCAUACUGCUUUUGAGCAUUUACCACAAGUCCUAAGCGGCAACCAUUCCAGAACACCAUGCAGCGUCAAUUCCAUGCUGCUGUGCUGUAUAAAAAUUGUUUCUGCUCCCAAAGUCCCCACCCCCCUCUCCAAGCAAAAAUCGGUCAUAAUGCCUAAGUAAGCUCACUGUGACUGUAAUGGCUGUGUUACAGUGAAAGUGGAAGGUGUUUGCCGUUUAUCGGCUAUGCGUGGGCUAUGCGCGGGUUAUAUGUGGGUCUUGUGGCUAUGCCGUUUACUUGUUUCUAGUAGCCUACAAUGCCACGCAUCUACAUGAAAAGAAAAGUGUGUGCAAUUAAAGUCGGCGUAUUUAUGAACCGUAUUAGUGUAGUUGGUAUGUAUGUAGUUGGACUGAGUUAAAACUGUCACAAGUACCACAACUAUGGCAUAUCAAACAACAGCUACUAUCUUAAGAAAGCCUACUACUGAAGUGCGGUUGGCACAUUUACUGUUGUAGAUUCCUUUACUGGACCCGUGGUCGAGAAGAUGUGGUAAAUCAAACUAAGACACCAUUUAGCCAAGUCUUUGUAGUUCCGUUUACAAAUCUCUUGCAGAUCGCACUCCACUUUUGUCACAUGUGGAGCGGCCCGGGUGCAAUAAAUGCCAAUAGUCCAACAGUUUAAACUCUGAAAUUACUGUCUCCUAUACUGUGUCAGCCUCAUUUGUAUGUUCCUUUUAUUGCUUGCUUUUGUGGAUGUAGUGACUGAAUUUGUUCCGGGCUCGGCACUUUUUUUCAUUAUAUAGAAGAGUAUAUAUUUGGAUUUCGGUGUGUGAAUUCUCUCUCUCAUCUUCACUUUGUCAUACAAUUCGUAGGUUCUGUGGGAAAUUUCUGUUACUUUGUUUCGUCCUGUAUUGUUGACAGUUCUAUUUCUGUCAUUUUAAGCGAAAGAAACAACUGCUGAAGUUUUGACGCCCUUAUUCUUUUUUAGAUGCGAAGCAGCUUAUGGCGGGGGCUGUGUCUGUCCCUCCCGCGUCCCGCAGCAUCCACCCCCCACUGCGCAUGCGCGUCCUCUCUCUCUCUCUCUCUCUCCUCUACUCUACGGAGCAGCGCGCACAACAGGUGGUGCGACAGCUGCAUACUCCACUGGGGGCGGCACGGUAGUUCUGCGGUAUAAAAUGACGGAGCCCGCGCACCUCAUUCUCUCCUGCGCAACGCCGCGAUGAGCGCCAUUGUCAGAGUUAGCGCCAGCAAAAGCGCAAGCGUCAGCUCCAGUGUCAACGUCAGCGCUGACACUGGCUCCCCGCUGCUUCGCAUCCUCACAUGGUUCCCUUGAGCGGGAGAUGGUGUAUUUUUAGUUGUGUUCUUACGAAGCCAAGGCUGCCAUUAAUCCCACGGUGUAUGUCAUGACGUUGGCGCCAUUUGUUUCCCUCUGUCUUAUCUGUUGUAUCGCUACACAUUUUCGCUGCAUUCAUGGCAUUUGUAUUGAUGCAGUGCUUUUUGUAUACGAAGCACAGGAAUGCGAUGACUCGCACGACAUCUCCAUUGUCCAUAAAUUUGCUCAACUUCAUCAUGGUUUUUUUUACUGCUACAUUAAUUCUAUGUGGUGGGAAGAGUUGUGCGAGUAUAGCGUGCAGCUCAUGGCAAACUGAGAGCAGCUUGUGCACUUUUUCUCUGUUACACAGUCCUCUCGCUAUGCAUUUUAAAAAUUGUGUAAUAGUUCAUUGUUUACUGUAACAUUGAGCCAUUCACACAUUCUCUCAUUAUAUCAUCAUGUUCAUGUUUGCUCUUGAAACUUUUGUUUACUUUGCUGCUGUAAAAAUAAAAAGCUGGUUUUUCCAAGUUCUCUCUUUGACGCUGUAAUCUCAAUUUUUGUUUGCACUGUGUUUGGUAAUGGAGAGUUUAUUUUUGCUUAUUUUUGUAGAAGAGUGCACUUGGUUGAAGAGUUUUUGAGUCGUCUGCCUUUCUUUUUUGCAGUUGAAGCUUUUCGUUGGGUGAUGUUUUGUUUGUUGCUCUUGAGUAGGCGCUGUUGAAAUGUAUUGUCCCUUUUUGAAAACAUAUUGCUGUCCUGCAGCAUAAAAAAGAAUUUACCUGCUUUAGAAUGAUAGUUCACAUUUUAAUGCUGUACAGUUAAACCUCAACAUAAUGAGCAUAAGUUCAACAGAAUAUUGGAUGUCGUUAAGUAAUGAAGUAUGUUUAUCGUUGGUAUUAGUACAUUGCAAACAUAUGCUUCUAAUGAAUAUUGACAGUAACGAAGGCAUUUUCAUGUCAUAUGUGACUCUGCUAUAACAAUGUUCAGCUGUCUAUGCGUACAAGGUUCACGACUUCUUGUUUGUUUAUGCCAUAUGCAAAUUUAUUUAACUACCUUUCAAGACCACAUCCGCAUGUAAAUGAUGUUUCUUAGAUGUGCGCUAGAAUAUGAUCAUUGCUCUGCUUGUUUUGUAACAAAAGCAAAAUUUACAGUAGCCACUGCAUGCUAUAAAUGGUUAUUGUGUUUUGAAGUGCCUUUCUGUAGACUCUGCUAAACCAACUUUCUGUAUGGUGUUCCUGUCACCGUGUCAUUUUAAACAAACAUUUCUAGUAUGUUUUGUUAAAACACCGUUGCAUGGAUUUUAUAAUACCUUUCAAUAUUCGCUUCUUGGUCAAGAUAGCAAUAGGAUGUGUGUGAACAAACGCGAGCAAGUAGACCUUCUCCCUUUUAGUAUACUUGCUAGAAUGACUGUAAUUAUUAAUUUGAUAGAGAGUCAGCCCUAUGACAUCAGAUGCCUAUUUAUGAAUAAACUGCUGAUAUUGAAGCUCUAAA